AUGAAUAUUAUCUUGGAACAUACUGAAGAUGGAGUUACUAUUCCUCACAGAACCUAUCUGAAAACACCUGCUGAGUUCUCGGAUGAGGAUAAUGAGCUGAUAAAUCUAGAUGUAACUCUACAGCUCAUUCUGAUCGAAUCAUUGGAUCCAGUAAUGUACAAUAAUGUUGUCAAUUGUACAAGUGCUAAGCAGAUAUGGGACACUCUGCAAAUUAUCAAUGAAGGAUCUGAGGAAGUACGGGAAAACAAGAAGGAAAUUCUUGUGGCUCAAUAUGAGCAAUUUGGUUCUAAUCCCGGAGAAGGAAUUUCUGAAGUAUUCAUCAGAUUCAACAAUUUGAUAAAGAAUCUGAAUCUGAACGGGAAAUACUACGACAACAAAGAGGUGAACCUAAAGUUUUUGCUGACGCUCCCUGAGCAACUAGAACAUCGGAUAACCGCCAUCAGAGAAAGCAGAGAUUUGACAGAGAUCUCAUUGGAACAGCUGUAUGGGGUUCUGAAAACCUAUGAAUUGGAACAGGCUCAAACUAAACAGAGAUACGGAUGGGGAAAGACACUGAACACGUCUACGUCUGUCAGCAAUUCUACUGCCCUCAUAAUACAAUCACCUCUUGUGAAAGAAAGGAAGGUUGUUGUACCUUCAAGAAGCUCCCACGAGUAUGUUGUGCCGGAAAUGGGACAUACUUCAGUAAGUACGGGAGAUGAUGAAUUUUACUCGAUGGAAGAGUUAGAUCAGCUGGAGGACGAAUCUCUUGCUAUGUUUGCCAGGAAGUUUGGUCACAUGAGAUUUAGGAAGAAUCCCUCCUACAAGUUUAAAUCUUCUGGUAGUAAAUUUCAGAAAGGGGGAUCUUCGUCCACAACAUCAAAAGGGGCUUACAAGACUGGGAUGGUUGAUCGAAGCAAGUUUAAAUGUUUCAACUGUGAUGAGCCUGAUAGUGAUGAGGAGGAAGAGCGGGGGAAUGUUGCUCUAAUGACUUUUAUGGAACCUUCUACACCUCCACAUCGCACUGGCGGAUUUCCGGUAGAUCCUACUUGCCCUAAACUGUUUAUGCAAUUAGGACUUGAACGUGAUGACGCUCGUAAUAAGCUCAAAGCUCUGACUCUUGAACACAAAGCUUUAAAGCAAGAAGUUCAUGAGUUAAAGUUAAAAGAAAAACUAGUGCUCACCCCUAAAAUUGAACAACUAACUAGUCAGUUAUUGACUCAGACUAAUAAAGUCGAAGUGUUAGAAUUUAGGGAGAAAAAGUUGAAUGAGCAGUUAGCUGAAGAGAAGGUUAGUAUGCAUGCUAACAAAGAAAACACAACACCUAGAAAGCACAUGAAUAGUAAGUUUGCAAAAACCAAGACUGCCGGUCCUUCUCCUAUCAAGAAGGAUACUUAUGUUCCCAAGCCUAAACCUAAAGUGUUCAAGGCUGUUUGUAGGAAAGUAAGUACAGUCAAGGUGGAUGCUGAUGUUAUUCAAACAGGAUCUAUUGUCAAAGCUGACAAAGGUCAAUUCUUUAAGGAGCCAAACAAGGUUGAAAAGGUUGUAUGGAUUCUCGAUAGUGGAUCAUCUAGACAUAUGACCGGUGAUAGAGCCCUGCUAUCAAAUGUGAUUGAGAGAGCUGGCCCGAUUGUCACCUUUGGAGAUAACAGCAAAGGUUGUACUACGGGAUAUGGUGCCAAUGAUGAAGAUAAUUGUUUCUAUUCAAAGGCUUCACCUGAAGAUAGUUGGCUAUGGCAUAAGAAGUUGUCUCACCUUAAUUUUAAAAUUGUAAACUCUUUGGUCAAGAGGGAUUUGGUGAGAGGACUGCCUCCUUUGGAAUUCACUCUACAAGGACUUUGUGAGGCAUGUCAGAAUGGGAAGGCUAAGAUAGCAUCAUACAAAGGCACAGACACCAGUAACAUUACUGAACCACUUCAACUAUUACAUGUGGAUUUAUUUGGUCCAGUUAAUGUGAUGUCUUUAUCAAGAAAGAGAUAUGCCUUGGUGAUUGUUGAUGACUUCUCUAAGUUCACAUGGGUUUUAUUCUUACAUUAUAAGGAUGAAACUCCUCAAUUGGUAAUUGAUCUUAUCAAGGAGAUCGAGUUGGAUUCGAAUGAUAAACUUCGUGUCAGAGCAAUAAGGUCCGAUAAUAGAAUAGAGUUUAAGAAUAAAACUCUCAACAGAUUUUGCUCCGACAAUGGCAUAACAAGACAAUACUCAGCGCCAAGAAUUCCACAACAGAAUGAAGUAGUAGAAAGGAAGAAUCGUACCUUGAUUGAAGCUGCAAGAACUAUGCUAUGCGAAUCAAGGUUGCCCAUCUACUUUUGA